UAUAAAAAUUUAUCUAGAUAUACAGAAGUUAAAUGUUUUACUCAUGCAAUCGAAUUAAUCUUUCUCCAUUAAACGAUGUAUUUUUUUAUACUCGGAAUAAUGUGUUUUAAUGUAUGCUGUUGUUUUGAUUGUCUGGAUGGUCCUCCUGGAAGAUACUGCAAUGAUAAUCUUACUGGUUAUUAUAACUGUUUUAAUAACGGAACGUCAGUGUACCUUCAAUGCCAACCUGGCACCAGAUGCUCAUGCUACAUAAAUAAUCAGUGUGUAACAAAUGAUAUUUGUUCUAGUUUUAGCAUUCCACUACCAAUGAUUAGCUCAUUUGUUUUGUAUUAUAAAGGUUAUCAGGAAACUCGGCGUCCGCAAGGAACUUAUAUUGAAAACUUACAUGGUACAAUAAGACAGGAAACAGUGAAAAAACAAUUUUUUCAAGAAAACAUUGUUGGUUCAACUCACACGUUUGUUCUUAUUGUUCCCAGUAAAAACAAUAAAGAAUUUAAAAUGUACGAAGGAACGUUCAACAAAUCUUGCAGUAACACUAAACUAAAAGAGUUUAGUGGAUUUUUGAACGAACUUACUCAUUUCACAAAAAUGAGCGUAAAAAACGUUAAUAAAUGUACGACUGAAGAAACCUAUUACUUUCGCAAUGGUAGGCGUCAUCUCGGUCAAUCAUUAACAACAUGGGAAUGGGUUGUCAAGAAUAAUUUGAUUGCAAAAACGUUGGAACCAAUUUUUUUUAAAAGUUCUUUUUAUGGAAGUGAAAUAGCAAAACAAAGUACAAUAAUAUCAUGGACGUCAAUCACGUUAGUUCCAAGUUACUCGAAUGAUACGUUCUUUCAAAUUCCGAAUAUAUGCAAGAUAUAAACUUUCUGUUUUCUUAACGAAAAAUUCUUUUUUUUAAACUUCUUAUAUAUAAUGUUAUAUAUUUUUUUUCAAUUUAAAUUUUUACCUAAAAUUUUUUAAGUCGUUUUUGUAACAACGGAUUUCUAUUAUAUUUGAUAAAGCCCAAUCUGUAACUAACUAUUUUUAAAACUUGGGCCUUUUUUUAUAAAAUUUUUUCGUAAUUAAACGAGUUAUUGUACCAACUGUUAUGAUGAUAAUUUUACUAAUGAUCGGAAUAGAAUUGUGGUAAAAUAA